GGUGUCUUCAUAUAAAUGACGACGGUGCUCGCGGCACGGGAUCACAGAUUCGAUCUCGUUCAAAUCGACAAAGCCGUACACGAACCGCCGAUAAUCGUCGUCAUCGUCAUGCAGUAUUUAAUCUUGGCCUUUGCAGUUUUCGGCUGCGUCUUUGGACAAUUCGGAUCGUACCGCGGCUUUCCCAGCCAAAAUGCAUAUAGAGCAACGCCGAGGCCCUAUCAACCGCAACCGCAGCCGCAGCCGCAGCCGCAGUAUACGCAGCCGCAAUACACGUCUGGAGCAAGACCGUUCAUAGGCAUUCGAAGCCAGCAUAAGGAUACAUCGCCGGACGGAUCUUAUACUUACGGCUAUGAAACUGAAAAUGGAAUUUCAGUCUCUGAAAGGGGAUAUUCUCAAGCCGGACCUCAGGGUCAAACGGAGGUGGUCCAAGGAAGCUUUUCGUAUAACGCACCCGACGGAACCCCUAUUACCAUCCAGUAUACGGCCGAUGAGAAUGGUUUUCACGCUGAGGGUGCCCAUAUUCCCACGCCUCCCCCCAUCCCGGAAGCUAUUAGAAGAGCGCUCGCGGCAAAUCCGCCCGGGCCCGAUGACGAGAAGUACGACCGCGAGUACGACCGGCAACCCUUCCAGCAGAGAUUCGGCGGAUCGUCAUACAAUGCCAAUUCAUUCCGGAGAUUCUAGUUUUACUGUAUGAACCGCGAAAUCCUUCACGGUGCAUCCACGACCAGCACAGUCCAGCGAAUCCGCUGGAGGGAGGCUCGGCUAGAUAUCGAUACAUGUGACGGCUUCGAGUCAUUCUUUUUUCCCUCCCCCGCCUCUAAUGCAAAGUGAUACGUGUAUAUAGGACACAGUAUGGUGGAUAACAAAACAAUAUCGAUCCCUACAUAAAAUAUAACUGCCGUUACGUAAUAAAUCAAUAUAUGUAUUGUUUCUA